UGCAGAAGGCUAUGACAGUACCAAGUGUGGAAGUCAAGAGCAUGGCCUCUCCGUCGUCAGAGUCUGUCCUUACAAAACGAUAUUCGGAAGCAUAUGAGGAAAACACAGAUGAAGGAGCGGCCUUAGAGAAAAGUCAAGAAGUUGAUGGAGAAGAAGAUGCAGACAUAGUUGAAGAUGUAGAUGGGGCAGAGGCCGCUCACCGUCUCAGGGAACUCGGUCUGUCUCUCCGCAAUUACACUCUUCCGGGAUGCCACUGCGCCAGGCUGGGCAUCGACAUGGGCGACCUCCGGCGCGCGCGGGCGGAGGCCGAGCGGCGCCCGGAGAGGUUCCCGCGCUGGUUCCUCGAGCGCUUCUCCUUCGCCGGCGAGUCCACCUGCUCGGACUUCGCCACGCAGCGAGGGGGGCGCCAGAGGGUCCUGUCCUUCUGCUACUUCGCCUACAGGGGGACUCUGCCCGGGAGCAAAGAGCAGCGGAAAUACAUGAGCUUUGCCUACAUGAACGCCAAAGACAUCAAGAGAAUCUACCCCGGCUGGCUGAUGAGGAUCUACCACAGCGUCACCGCCGAGGACCUGCAUGGCACCGAGGAGCUGUGCCGCAUCUACUGCGACCACCCGCAUGUCGACCUCUGCCUGGCGCAUGACCUGCCCGGCGUCGGAAAUUUGUCGAGAAGAGGCGUGUAUGGCAGGCUCUGGCGUUACACUCCCAUGGGAGACCCAACUGUUGCAGCAUUUCAUUGUCGGGACAUUGACAGUUACGUUCUGGAGAGAGACGCAGCGGCCGUGAGGGAGUGGCUGGAGUCGGGCAAGACCUACCAUGCCAUCCACGACCAUCCAGGCAAUAUAGCUGUGCUUAUGGGAGGUCUCUGGGGCGGACUCAAUAAGGACCUGCAGCUCAUGAGGCGCCUGAGGGACACCAUGUUCAACAGAACGGCGAUCGUCAGGAAGUCACUCGACCAAAAGCUUCUCAGGGCGAUAGUUUGGCCGGAGAUUAAGCACGACCUCCUAGACCACGCGAGUUACCCCUGCCAGCACCCUGAGCUCGGCCCGACGGCGCCCCUUCCGACCCGCAGAGUAGGACGCGAGUACUGUGGCCUCAGCGCCUUCAACCCCAAUCUGUCGCUGCCUAUUCUCCAGACCGACUGCCCUGUGGAGUGCCGCCCGAAGGAGCACUUGGAUUGGAUAAAGUGCUGAGACUGAA